CCCGCUCCGCGUCCUGCGGCAGUCGUCAUGGUGACCCGACCACCGGGCCGCCCUGCCCCCCGCGCCUCCGCCCCGGAGGACCUGGCCCCGCCCCACCGCGGGGUGAGGGGUGAGAGGAGCCGCAGCCCGAGUCCGUCCGCUCUGCGGGCCAGCUGAGGAGGGGCGCGCACGGACGCAGGGACGCACGGACGCUGAAGCCCGCCCCGGAGCAUGUGGAAGCUGGGCAGGAGCCGGGUGCUUCUGGAUGAGCCCCCCGAGGAGGAAGAGGGCCUGCCAGGAGGGCCGCCGUCGGCUGCUGCCCCCGCUGCCGCCGCGGCGCAGGUGCAGGGGGCGAGUUUCCGGGGUUGGAAAGAAGUGACUUCUCUGUUUAACAAGGAUGAUGAACAGCAUCUGCUGGAAAGAUGCAAGUCCCCCAAGUCCAGAGGAACUAACUUACGAGUGAAAGAAGAGUUGAAGACAGAGAAGAAGUCUGGAUUUUGGGACAAUUUGGUUUUAAAACAGAACGUACAGUCUAAGAAACCAGAUGAGAUUGAAGGUUGGGAGCCUCCAAAACUUGUUCUUGAAGAUGUAACCGCCGACUCAGGGGACCCCCCGAGUGACCGUCCAUCCCGGCCAGGCUGGGAGGAGGAUGCCAAGGGCUCCACCAAGUACACCAGCCUGGCCGGCGCGGGGAGCAGCUCCCGCUGGAGCCUCAAGUCAGCCGGGAAGCUGGUCAGCAUUCGCCGGCAGAGCAAAGGUCACCUGACGGAUAACUGGGAAGAGUUGGAGUGACGUGUCCGCGGAGACGACACAGCUCCCAAGUGUUUCCAAACCAAAAUUUGCCUAAUUUUGCACCUCUGUGUCAUUUCAUUCAGAUUCUGAGUUUGCUGGAUCAUGAUAUUUUUUAUUCGUGUAUCAAGUUGUUUGGUCUUUCCCGGAUAGAAAGAGCAGAGUCUCGCAUUUGGACUUUCCUCUUCGUGUGGUGAUUUGGGAAACCGCAUCCUGUGACUUCCCGGUGGACAUGCAGGGCCUGCACAUCGAUUGCCUUACCUUAGAAAUGUUCUCUUCCUGUUGUCCACGUGUUGCUGAAACUGGAGGCAUGUGGUCUGAUGCUGUCUUCCUGUGUCCCCGUCAUCGCUCUUUGUCCCCUCUCUGCAUGUAGCACACCUGUGUCUGUGACACAAGAAUGUGGCAGCCGUGCACUUCUCUUCUGUUGCCAGAAACUUGCAAUCCAGGUGUGAAAUGAAUCUUCCAAAGGUUAUGUUAAAUUGUGUUUAGCCUGGCAAAUUAAACUCUUCUAUUAAAUUUUAAAACAUUUAAGCAGAUUAAACACUGGAAAAGCAAAGGCUGUAUUUGAUUCAGCAUGAAAUGCACUGUCUGCAGACGCAUCUCCCAUCUCCAGUGUCUGUGUUAGAUGGUGACAGUAGUUAUUUUGAGUUUUUGUUUUUACUUCUCCUGAACUUUCAAAUACUGAUUUUUAUUUUCUUGUAAAAUUUGUCUUCAUUUUUGAUUGCAGAUUAAAGAAUGCUAUAAAGCAUGAAUUAGUUUUAGGAAGCUGACACUUGAUUUUGUUUGGAAAAUAUUAACUUGCUCGUUGUAGAGUUAAAACUGUAUGUAAAAUGCUAGAAGUGCCUCUUUUCUUACCCAGGGUUUUGUUUUUCCAUGUGAGAUUGUGAUUGCCAUUGGACCCUGAGAAGCUGUGUUACAGCAGGUUGGGGGCACCAGUGAGGCAUCUCUCUUCUGUUUCCAGACUUGCUUUUUGUCUCCCUGACAAGUGACCCCCAUGUUGGGCACUUCGGCACGUCUCCCUUAGGUCACAGUGGUUUCAAAGAGAAGGUGCCAGAGCUUUUCCGGCUAAAAACAAAACCCUCCAGUUACACUGUGCGUUCCUCUCUUGUGAAAACCCAGUGUCCUCAAGGUGUUCAGUGACCACUUCUGUGAUGUUCCAUGUAAGGGGGUGUCCUUCAGCAUUUCUGUCACCUGCCAUCUAUAGUCUGUCCUCAGUCUGUCAUCUAACUACCAGCCCCCACUAUCUGUCAUCUCUUUUAAUAGACAAGAAGUUUACUUCACUGAGCCCACAGGGGGACGUGUUGCGAGUGUUAAAGUUCAGUUUGUGUUAGAACCUUGCUUGAUGUGGAGAUUUUGUUUCUUAGUAGCGGAGUUGAAAAUCUUGUUUCCUCAGGUAACAGUUCAGGACGUAGCCUGUGUUCCUUCUCCCUAAAGGAGCCCUUGCAGUGACUGCACAGUCAAGCUCUGGGCCACGAUUCACACCGGUGCCGGUGCCGUGCCAAUCCUAUGUUGAGGUGCAGGAAACAAAUGUUGCGUCCUGGACUCUGCCGGUGCCGUGCCAAUCCUAUGUUGAGGUGCAGGAAACAAAUGCUGCGUCCUGGACUCUGGAAAGUGUGGUGGGGAGUCUGCUGCUCGUGGGCUGUGAUGCUUAAGUGCCUGAAAUUCCCCUCAGUGACACAUCAUGAUGCAGUUGGCAGAACAGCCCCCAUAACAUUGUUGCUCAAAAUCUGAAGACAAAGCCAGACUGGGGUUGGAAUAUGCACAUAAAUCACACUUUUCUUAUCUACAGAAAUUAAUGUAAAAAUGAAGUUUUCUUCUGUUGUAUCUGACUAAAUGAAAAUAACUGUUUGUGGGUUUUAAUAUAAAUAUUUAUUGGUGUGCUUUGGAGGAAAGAUAUUUUUUCUUGAUAGAAUUUACCAAAGUGACUUGGUUUUGUUCACUGGCUAAUGAGAGAACGGGUAUGUCCAAGUUCUGUUAAACACACAGCUUCUCUGUGUGAAGAGGAAAGUGCCUGUGUUCUUUGACUGCCGAUUUGUCGUUUUUUAGUAAGAAAAUGAUUGGCUUCAAAGAAGGUCGAGUUCAUCCUUAAUGCUGAGGUUUUUUUAAAAAAAUAAAAACUUGGUUUAUACUUUCUAUUAGUUUGCAUGAUUACUGGCAUCUGCUUAUGGUGACUUAAUCGCUCAGAGCUGACAGCACCUAUCUCAACACUGAACCUCCUUGAAGAUGCAAACCACACUGUAGACUUUUUCAUAAAUAAAUAACCAACUUCAACGUCA